AGGGAGACCAGCCUAGAUAGCAGGUGCUCGGCCCCUCCCUCACCAGCAACAAAGAAAAUCUUCAGCUGGAGCCCAGCAUGGAGACAGCCACCACACUGGAGAUGGCCUCAUGUUCCCAGCGGCAGGUAGAAGCAGCUGCUGACCCAGCGGAUGCUGACGGACCCCGGGAGGUAGACAGCACCUCUCAGCAGCUCCUGCCUGCUAUUGAAGAGUACCCCAAGAUCUGGCUACCUCGGGCCCUGAGACAGACUUACAUCCGGAAGGUUGGGGACACAGUGAAUCUACUAAUCCCAAUCCAGGGCAAGCCCAAACCUCAAACCACCUGGACUCACAAUGGCUCUGCCCUGGACCACAGUCGUGUGAGUGUGCGGAACGGGGAGCAGGACUCCAUCCUUUUCAUCAGAGAAGCCCAACGAGCUGAUUCAGGAUGCUACCAACUCUGUGUGCAGAUAGGUGGGCUGCAGGCCACGGCCACCAUCAAUAUCAUGGUGAUUGAGAAGCCAGGCCCUCCUCAGAGUAUUAAGUUGGUGGAUGUUUGGGGCUCCAAUGCUACUCUGGAAUGGACACCUCCACAAGACACGGGCAAUGCAGCACUCCUGGGCUACACGGUGCAGAAGGCUGACAGAAAGUCUGGGCUGUGGUUCACGGUACUGGAGCGCUAUCGCCGCACUAGCUGCCUUGUCUCUGACCUCAUCGUUGGCAACUCCUAUGCCUUUCGUGUCUUUGCCGAGAACCAGUGUGGGCUCAGUGAAACAGCUCCUGUCACAACUGACCUUGCCUACAUCCAGAAAGCAGCUACUGCUUACAAGACCAAGGGGUUUGCCCAGCGGGACCUCUCGGAAGCCCCCAGGUUCACCCAGCCUCUGGUAGACUGCACUACAAUCACUGGCUACGACGCCCAGCUCUUCUGCUGUGUGCGCGCCUCUCCCAGGCCCAAGAUCAUCUGGCUAAAGAACAAGAUGGAUCUCCAAGGCAACCCCAAGUACAGAGCCCUCAGUCACCUGGGGGUCUGCUCCCUGGAGAUCCGCAAGCCCAGUCCCUUUGAUGGAGGCAUCUACACUUGCAAGGCCAUCAAUGCUCUGGGGGAGGCAUCCGUAGACUGUCGGGUGGAUGUUAAAGCUCCUCAUUAAGGCUGCCCUAAGAAGACAGGAAAUUCAAGGAAGG